GUAGUGCUCGUACCUUGACCUUGAGACCCCAGGGCCCUCUUUUAUUUUUUUUCUCUGCCCAUUCCCUGUAAAUGAAAAGCCAAGCACUGAUUUCAUUGAUUGACUGACAUACGCGGAACGGACUCUGUUGACGGGAGGCGCCUGCACCUUCCACAGCCAACGGCGCAGAAGACUGGACAAUUACUAACCUUGGGAAGGUACCUCCUGUAUCUGGAAAGAAACACAACCUCCACUUCUCCUACUUUACUUCCUCCUCUCCCCUACCUCCCGUCUCUAUCCCUUUCCUCUCCUUCAUCCUCAUACUACUCCUAGUCGCAAGGAGUACCACUGGUUGUGAGAAACUCAACAACCAGACACAACAAUCUCGCUUGAUUGCGAGCUCGAACUCGACUUGCGGCGUGGCUCAUCCCAACGACUGGACUGAUUCGAUUCCUUGCCGUCGCAUAUCACCGCCCUCAACAAAAUGGAGGCCGUCAACGCUACCUCCAGCGGCUUCUCGUCCGUUCUGGCCGGCACCAAAUACGCCAAUGUCGCUCUUCCUCCCCAGGUCGAAUAUGUUAUCGAAGCUGUUUCCAACGCCGGUGUCUGGACUUGGGUAUUCACUUUCAUCGCUCUUUGCGUUGCCUAUGAUCAGAUUGCCUACAUCAUCAGGAAAGGUCCUAUUGAGGGACCGGCCAUGAAGAUUCCCUUCAUCGGCCCAUUCCUCGACUCCAUGGAUCCUCGAUUCGACGGUUAUCAUGCCAAGUGGAGCAGCGGUCCCCUGAGCUGUGUUUCUAUAUUCCACAAGUUCGUCGUUAUUGCUUCCACUCGUGACAUGGCUCGCAAGGUUUUCAACUCACCCGCCUAUGUCAAGCCCACUGUUGUCGACGUUGCCCCUAAGCUUCUUGGACACGACAACUGGGUAUUCCUCGACGGAAAGGCCCACGUUGAUUUCCGCAAGGGUCUUAACGGUCUCUUCACCCGCAAGGCCCUCGAGAGCUAUCUGCCUGGUCAGGAGGAGGCUUACAACACUUACUUCAAGCAUUUCCUCAAGAUGACUAAGGAUGCCGGCGGUAAGCCUGUCCCUUUCAUGCACGAGUUCCGCGAGGUCAUGUGUGCUGUCUCUUGCCGUACCUUUGUUGGUCACUACAUCUCCGACGAGGCUGUCACCAAGAUCGCUGAGGAUUACUAUCUCAUCACCGCUGCUCUCGAGCUUGUCAACCUCCCCGUUAUCCUUCCUUAUACCAAGUCUUGGUAUGGCAAGAAGGCCGCUGAUAUGGUUCUGGCCGAGUUCUCCAAGUGUGCCGCCAAGAGCAAGGUUCGCAUGGCCGCUGGUGGUGAAGUCACCUGCAUCAUGGACGCCUGGGUUCUGUCAAUGAUCCAGUCUGAGCGCUGGCGUGAGGCCGAGGAGAAGGGCGACGGACACACCGUCGAGAAGCCCACUCCUCUUCUCCGCAUGUUCAACGAUUACGAAAUCUCCCAGACUAUCUUCACCUUCCUCUUCGCUUCUCAGGAUGCCACCAGCAGCGCCGCUACUUGGCUCUUCCAGGUUACCGCCCAGCGACCCGAUGUCCUCGACCGUGUCCGAGAGGAGAACAUCAAGGUCCGCAACGGUGACCCUAACGCGCCUAUCACCAUGGAUCAGCUCGAAUCUCUUACUUACACUCGCGCUGUUGUCCGAGAGCUUCUCCGAUGGCGCCCUCCUGUCAUCAUGGUUCCCUACGUCACCAAGAAGGCCUUCCCCCUCACUGAGAACUACACCGUUCCCAAGGGUAAGUUGAGAAGCUUCCAAUUGCAUUUUUGAUCGCUGUGAUACUGAUUCGAAUCCCCCAACAGGCUCAAUGUUGAUCCCCACCACUUUCAUGGCUCUCCACGAUCCCGAGGUCUAUGACAACCCUAGCCACUUCGACCCCGAACGAUACUACAGCGGCGAUGCUGAGGAGAAGGGUUCCAAGAACUACUUAGUUUUUGGUACCGGACCUCACUACUGCCUUGGACAGGUGUACGCUCAGCUGAACCUGGCUCUCAUGAUCGGAAAGGCUUCAGUCAUGCUUGACUGGAAGCACCACGCAACACCUAAGUCUGAGGAGAUCAAGGUCUUUGCCACCAUCUUCCCCAUGGACGACUGCCCUCUCACCUUCGAGGAGAGGAAGUGGUAAACGGUGCGCAGGAACUUGGUCGAUACUAAAUCCAAUACGGACCGUUAAUUCCGGUAUCCCUGAUGCACAGUGGCAGUGCGGCUGCAGCCCAAGUGUAUCUGAUGAGGGAGGCCGAAAGAAUGAUCGAGGAAGAUGGCUGUGAACGGCUUAAGCUUCCAAUGAAGAUAAAAUAAGAGAUCAACUGUUGGCAUAUGAUUAGCUACAGGGAAAUUCUCUGGAGAUGAAGCUUGAAGAGCCAAAAAGACAGCUCAAUGUGGACGAAAAGAACAAUCAUGAUGGAUAUCAGUUUUAAUACCUAUUCUCGGUGUAUAUAGUUGGCUGCCCGAGGGCAUUUGGGACCGCAAGGUCAUAGAGAUGAUUGCCAUGAUGGGAACUGGCAUUUGGACGGCGAAUAGCAAAAGAUUUCAAAAACAGAUCAGAUGACCGAG